GGAGACCGGAGCCCACCUGGUCCAGGAUGAACCCCGCUCCGCACCACGGAAUGCACACCUCCCUCCACUUCUGGAACCACAGCGCUUACGGCGGCGGCGGCGGAGGAGGAGGAGGAGGCGCGCGCGGCAACGCCAGCGACGCGCUGGGGAGAGCCAAGGCGGACUCAGGGUGCUAUGAGCAACUUUUUGUCUCUCCCGAAGUGUUCGUGACCCUGGGGGUCAUCAGCCUGUUGGAGAACAUCCUGGUGAUCGUGGCGAUCGCCAAGAACAAGAACCUGCACUCGCCCAUGUACUUUUUCAUCUGUAGCCUGGCGGUGGCUGAUAUGCUGGUGAGCGUUUCCAACGGCUCCGAGACCAUCGUCAUCACCUUGCUGAACAGCACGGACACGGAUGCCCAGAGCUUCACGGUGAAUAUCGACAAUGUCAUCGACUCGGUGAUCUGUAGCUCCUUGCUGGCGUCCAUCUGCAGCCUGCUCUCCAUCGCCGUGGACAGGUACUUCACCAUCUUCUAUGCGCUCCAGUACCAUAACAUCAUGACAGUCAAGCGCGUGGGCAUCAUCAUAAGUUGCAUCUGGGCCGCUUGCUCGGUGUCCGGGAUCCUGUUCAUCAUUUACUCGGACAGCAGCGCUGUGAUCAUCUGCCUCAUCACCAUGUUCUUCACCAUGCUGGCUCUCAUGGCUUCUCUGUACGUCCACAUGUUCCUCAUGGCCAGGCUCCACAUUAAGAGGAUCGCCGUCCUCCCGGGCACAGGCACCAUUCGCCAAGGGGCCAACAUGAAGGGCGCCGUCACCUUGACCAUCCUCAUCGGAGUCUUUGUGGUCUGUUGGGCUCCGUUCUUCCUCCACUUAAUUUUCUACAUCUCCUGCCCCCAGAACCCGUACUGUGUGUGUUUUAUGUCCCACUUCAACUUGUACCUCAUCCUGAUCAUGUGCAAUUCCAUCAUCGACCCUCUCAUUUAUGCACUUCGGAGCCAAGAGCUGAGGAAAACCUUCAAAGAAAUCAUCUGUUGCUACCCUCUGGGGGGGCUUUGUGAUUUGUCUAACAGAUAUUGAGUGGACACUGAGAUGCCGGAAGCAUGCCUACGAGGGUUUCCUCUUGUACCCCCUGAACUGUGUGCUUUCUCUUAUGUGUGCAGCACUCGCUGAGACUGUGGCCUGAACUUAAGUGGAUGAAUUAUAAUAUAAAUAAAUGCUUUAUCUCUGUGUUUUGUGAAUGCCAUGCUGCGCUUUGGCUGUAAAAUGUUUAUCCAUCUUAUACAUUGAAAGCUCUGUAAAACUGUAAAUUCAUAAGAAAUAAGAAAAGAUCUGAAUUAAAGUUUAA